GAAACUAUUGCCCUCUGACAUCCUUUAUUGUGAUUUUGUGGAUAUGCAGCAAGUAGGACGACGGCUAGAGGACAUUUCGGCAUCAAAUGGGAGCCAAACUGGAAGCAAGAAAAUGAGGAAAAGGGUUUCACAGAUCGACAGGAAAUAAAAGAAAACAAACAAGCUAUCGAUUAGGUGUUAACCCUGACGCAGAGGACUAAACAACGCUACUUAUGGAUUUAGACGAGAACAGCAAUAAUCUGCAUGAGGACUUUUUCCAGGACUACAAACCCAAAGAAAACAAUCGGUUUCUUCCACCCAAGCAUGUGAUAUAUCUGCUGCUGGCUGUGAGUGUGACCGUCGUCACCCUGUUCGCCAUGAUCAGACACCUCAUCAUAGACCUCAUCCAUGAUCUGGCAGAUUACCUGUUUGGAGAGCAGCCUGUGGAGGAGCAGGAGUUUCCCUGGGAAAGGCGAGAGAAGUUUAGGGCAGACUGGACACCAGAGGUGAUGCCUGAGCUGGAGGACAUGGACACAGACAAGGAUAUUCUACAGCUCAUGGAGGGCACCGAAGACUUACCAGCUAUUUGGGUUAUUUCAGACAAACCCCAGCCUUCUGCUAAAUCCUCCAUUCAGACUGAUGUUAGCGACAGCUAGCAUGAAAGGCUUGUUUUUCAUUGUGUCAUCUAUUCAUAGUUAACAAACAGUUUUUCUUUCUUUUUUCCUAAAAGACACUUCUUAUGAAGAUUUUUUUGGAAUCAAUGUUUUUUUUUGUCCUACAUUUUCAAUUGAAACAUGAGGUUGGGAUAUAUAAAAUGGAGGACACAUUGAAAACAAUUUGCUAUUCGGCAGGAUGUGAUGUUAGGGGGUGGAGAUUUAUCAUCGUAGACACAAUCUGAUUGGACAAAAUAUUCAUCUGCCUAGUGCAGGAUGAGUCAUUGAUAUUUUUGCUCUGUUUUCACCAGAAAAGAACGACUGUCAUUUUUGUAAACCUUUAAGUAAGCACUUUGAAACAAACACACAGACUAAAAGUAACUAUUAUUUCAUUUAAGAGUAAAUAAAGUUUUUCUCUAAUAUAUUUUUUCAGCACUUUAGACUGGCAUGCCCUUCUGUUCUGCUGAAGAGUCCAUUUGUCUUUACAGCAUUACAGCACAUAACAUCAUUAUCUAAGUAUAAUCAUGCACAAUUACUCUGGGAGUUACAUGCUGCGGUCUCUGCUCUCUUUAUUGGAUUUUGUACUUUGGACACAAUAAAACCUUCACAUAUUUACAGACGACAGAGGAAGACGGCAGUGUGACUGCACUGUAAAUUCACCAUGUUUCAUCUAAAGAAUAUCGCUGCCUUCAUAAUACUCUCUGCCUGCAUUUAUCAAGCUCAAGCUGGUGGCCAACGGGCGACAUCAGACACAGGAAAAGUCACAUUACAGCCAUGGCUGGUGGGACUGGCAGCCGUUGUUGGAUUUCUCUUUAUCGUCUUCGUUGCCCUCAUCAUCCAAAGACUUUUUUUCAAGAAAGACAAAAGUGCAGAAAAAGCAGAAAAGCAUGGAUUUUAUGAAAACAUAGCAGCUGAUCUGGAGGCAAGUGAGGAGACCAAGCAGACCAAUUUCUAAUGAGAAGAAAAGACGAUAACGUCCUUGCAAGCCCGUCUUGCUCUCUAUGGAAAUCAUGCUACAACUUUAUGCAGUAAUUGUUAUUUAAUUAUAUUCUAUCUUGUGUAACAUGUCAAUAUAUCAUUUUAAGUUAUACUUUUUGGCCUGCGGUUUUUUAAAGUUGUUUCUUAUAUCCUCCACCAGAUGGCGCAGCCUUCACCCAUUCACAGUGCUAUUUAAACACCUUUUUUUGGCACAUUCUCUAUGCAAGUUUUACUACUUUGGUGUAGAUGUAACUCAAAUCCCUAAAUAUGAAACAUUCAUUAUAGCACCGAGACCACUGGAACAGAAAAGCACAUACUAAAUGAUUCACUUUGUGCACAUAAUGCUCUGAUAAACUGGCUUUUGACUCGUAUGACAUGUCUCUGGGUUCGGCAUGUAUGUAUGCUAAAUAGACAAGGCUAUGAGAUCCAUUACUCAUUUUGAGUGACAGUUUGGACGUGUUAAAUGCUUCCAGUCAAAUGAUGUAACCCAGUUUUGCUUUUGGAACCAUUUGCUUGGCCUGGGGGGAUUAUGUGAUGAAAAUUUCAUUUGCAGAAACAAAAAAUGGCCAGGUGUUUAAUUGUGUUAAUAGGGAGUACAAUUAUUCCUCUGCUAAAAGGUGUAAUUUAAAGUAAACAGUGUUUAGAGCAAGACAUUGCAAGCAAAAACAUCUGUCCAUUUGCAGAUAUUUAAACUUUUGGGUUUUUCUUAAAUCGUUUUUUUUUCUCAGUAAGUUUGUAAAGAAAACAUCCAAAGCACUCUCUUAAGUGUUUCUUUUGUAAAAUAAACAAACUAAAAUAAACAAAAUAAUCAAAAUAAAAUAAACAAAAAAUUCAAUAUCCAAUAUUCAGAUUUUUGUGCUAGAAAUGUAUGCAAAUGAAUGCAUGUUCAAUUGUACACUGCAUCAUUUGCAUAACAGUUUGCAAUUCUUACAGUAAUUAAUCAACUGGUUAAAUAUGGCGAUAACUACCCAGCUGAUAGGGAAUGUUUUCAGAACAUUAUAUAAUGAUCACUAAAAGUUGUGAAAUGGUAGCAUGUAACAUUAAUAAAAUGAAUGUUUUUGGAGGAAC